CUGAAGUAUUCUACGGAAAAGGUGGAGCCAGCGAGUUUCAGGGAAAUAGAAAAUUGAAUGAGUUUAGUUUUCCACGUUUUUGAACUUACAGCAAGAUAUCGAAUUUGAAGUCUGAAUUGAAAAUACAUGGAUUGUAUUAACGCCAAAUUUGUCUCUCAAAAAAUUAGCAAAACAAGAUGGAGACCGGUCUCUUCUGCAUCCCUACAUCAACCCGACAUAUUCGCUACAGGGUCUUGGGACAACGAGGAUAACAAAGUUUCGAUCUGGUCUAUUGGAGAGCAUGGCGUUUCUAAUAUGGACGAUGAGUUUGAAGGAGAUCCUCAGUUACUUUGCGAAUAUAAGCAUAACGGAGAUGUACUGGACCUUCAGUUUCUGGACCAAGAGAGAAUCGCUACAGCCUCCUCGACUGGAGCAGUGACUAUCUUCCGUCAUCAUCAAAAUAGCCAGACCUUAUCUGUGGCACAGCUGUGGGAUAGAGCUCACCACUACCCUUGUGACGAUGCUCCAUGCACAGGGUUGGUCUGUAACAGCCCAGAAAUCGUGACAAUUGGAGAAGAUGGGAGGAUCAAUCUCUUUCGAGCUGACCACAAAGGAAUCCUGCGCACUAUAGAGAAUGCUGACAGCAGUACAAUCCACGCUGUGACUUUCCUGAGAACAACAGAGGUCCUCACUGUCAACUCUUUUGGCCAGCUGAAACUUUGGGACUUCAGGCAACAGAGCAAUGAACCAUCACAGAUCCUUUCUCUGACUGGGAAUAGAGUUCCUCUGCACUGUGUGGAUAGACAUCCCAACCAACAGCAUAUUGUGGCAACUGGGGGGCAGGACGGAAUGCUCUGCCUGUGGGAUGUCAGACAGGGUACUAUGCCCUUAUCCAUGAUGGAGGCACAUUCUGCUGAAAUGUGGGAAGUCCACUUCCAUCCAUCAAACACAGACCACUUGUUCACAUGCUCAGAAGAUGGCUCCUUGUUGCAUUGGGAGAGUUCCACUAGUUCCUCCGUGCCUUCCUUCUUACAGGGUGGUCGAAACACCAGCGCCAUGUCUCGCAGUACAGUUGCACCAGGUGAUGGCAACCAGUCACUCACCAGUGGCUGGUUGAGUGGAGACUCCAGUAAGGGUCAUCUCGAGACUACACACAUGUUGCCGAGUCAGACCCUGUCUGUGAACAGUCUGGAUGUGCUGGACCAGUGUCUUGUCUGUGGAACUGACGGAGAGGCCAUAUACAUCAACAGAGAGGUUCCAGUCUAGAGUGCGGCUUGGUGCAAUGAACUUUAAUUCAGCUUAUUUCCUGAGCAGUUUGUGACCAUUGCCAUAACUUGCGCAUUCAUUUUUUUUUUUUUGGGUUGUUCAUUCAGUAUUCAUCUAAAGGCCAUAAUCCAUGAUUCAUUAAAAUGUUUUGUCAUAAUGUUUCCAUGUUUGAAAAGCUUUGUAAAGACUCCAACAUUGUUAUGUUUUGAAAGUUGAUAAAAAGCAAAAAUCCUGAAAAUCUACACGUUCACAUUCAUAAUUUAAGCUUCAUGCGCCUCCUCACCAGAUGAAUGUUAAUAUUUGCAAUGACUUUACUAAUCGGUGUUUCAUUUUUUGAGUUUGAAAUCUGAAUUAUGAGAAUGUGGCACCAUUGGGCUUUCAUAUAAUAAAAGUUAUUUUAAAAUAAACAUGUUAUAUUUGUAAGAAAAUUGUAUAUUAUUGAUACACGUGAUUUUUAUUUGAUUUGAUAGAUGCCAUUGACUAAUCCUCAGACUAAAACUCCUGUUCGAGUGUAUGACCACAGUGGGGCUUGUAAAUAAAUAUAUUAUCUCUUC